AUGGGAAUUGUCGACUUACCCGCAUACACAGAUUAUUGGUCACGUGAAUUUCGCUACGGUGCUAUUGCUGAUAUUAUGCCACUAAAAAAAUUUCAAUUGAUACGAAUAUAUAUUCAUUUUAAUAACAACUUGUUAGAUGAUGGUGACCGAUAUUUCAAAGUGAGGCCCUUGUUACAAAAAGUACGUCAAAACUUUUUGAAUGUCCCACACGAAACCAGAUUCAGUGUUGACGAAAUGAUGGUCCCAUACAAAGGAAAGAAAGCAGGUAACAGAAAACAAUACGUAAAAAAUAAACCGAAAAAGUGGGGCUACAAGAUAUUUGUUCGCGCUGGUAUAUCUGGUUUCGUGUACGACUUCAUUAUUUAUGGAGGUGAAGAUACAUUUCGCUACGAUCCUCUCACACCUGAGGAGUCCAGCUUUGGUCUUGGCGCAAAGAUAGUCUUGGCUUUAUGUAAAAAUAUACCAGAUCGUGCUUGUUCCGUGGUGUAUUUUGAUAAUUUUUUUACUAGCAUGGAGUUGGUAAACUAUUUACGAGAACAAAUGGGUAUAUUUUCUUUGGGUACCAUUAGGUCCAAUAGAUUGCGAGGCGCAGAAAAUAAACUACUUCCGGAUAAAGUUUUGAAAAAAAAAUCAAAGGGAACUUAUUCUCAAGUUGUCUGUAAUAAAAAUAAGCUAUGUGUCGUGAAAUGUAAUCCAAAAGAUAUUCAGAAGACAAUGGCUCCCCACGCAGGCCGCGAGGCGAGUGCGAGCGGAGCGUGCCACACCGCGCGCCGCCCGCCGCCGCCGCCGCCGCCCGCCGUCCGCCGUCCGGCACUCCGCCGCGCUCCCACGCCGGGCCCGCGCGCGCCGCCGCUCCGCACGCGACAAACUUUACGCGACUUACGAGCAGCGCUCACCGGUCGCUCCACACCUCCUACCAUGUGUGCAGUGGACAAGUUUCGGUCAAACGAAAUCAAUGAGAAAGAAUAUUCACGUUACUGA